CACAAAGGAAGCAGAAAAUUAGAGAAAAGCAUAAAACUGACGCUAGGAAGCAGAUAAUUAGUCAUGGCAGCUAAGCCCAGAACCAAUGGCAAGAAGAAGAAUGGCAUUGUCAAGCUCAAGAUAGUGGUGGAAAAGCUCCAAAGGAGUCUUUCAUUGGUUAAGAAAUCAAGUUCCAACUGUGACAAGUACGACAUUAAUAGUGACAUGCCUGUGCCAGAAGACGUGAAGGAAGGACAUUUUGUGGUGAAUGCAGUGGAGGGGGACGAACCAAGGAGAUUUGUGGUACCCUUAAGCUACUUGACACACCCAACUUUUGUAAGGCUCUUGGAGAAGGCAGCCGAGGAAUACGGUUUUGAUCACGAAGGUGCACUUACUGUUCCUUGUCGGCCAAGUGAGCUUGAGAGAAUAUUGGCGGAGCAAUGGCAAGAACAGGCGGAGGGAGGCUCAGAUCAUCACGAUCAUGUUGGAGUAGUUCAUUGGGGAUCUUGAAAAACCAUGGUGCAAACCUAUUCAAACCCGAUCGAAUAAGCUGCAUGCAUGCAUGUUGUAAUAGCUUAAUGAUCCUUCAUUUACUAAGUUGUAAAAGCUUUUUAAUUCACUUU